CCUUGCUUGCAAUUGACAGCUGCAUAAUGCUUUCCUCUCUUCAAACUUUUCGUCGUUACAAUUUUAGACUCAACUUUCCAUGUUCUAUACCAGUUUUACUUUCUGAAGCCAUAGAAAGAACUAAUUGUUUAUCGUCUAUCUACAAUUACACCUUCCGAAAAGAAAGUAAACAAUUAAAUAUUUUACCAUGGCCAGUCCUGCUGUUAAACAGCAACGCCGGAAGGCAUCCACAAAAUCCAAGGUCGCCAACCCCAAACAAAAUGCACCUUCGAACAUUAGCAGCUUCGCCCGUGUUUCGAAGUCGGUAAAUAGCGCCGAUAUCAAGAAGGAGCUUCCUCUUGUUUCUACACCAAAGAAGGAUGUCAACAUCGAGGCCCUCACACCCGCUUCCCGGAAGAGAAAAUUGGUUGCAAGUAUUGAGGACGAUUCCUCGGCGGAUGAGACGCCAAGAAAGUCCUCAGCUCCUGCCGUCAAGAUUCAAAAGACUGGAUCGACUGGAUCCCAACCUGCGAAACGUGGCCGUGGUCGUCCCUCAAAAAAGGCUCACCCUAAACCUACACAACCCGAACCUACGCGCCUUGAGCCUAUACUCCCUAAACCCGUACUGAAAAAACGCGCAAGGAGUCCUAGUGUUUCCGAUUCAGAUGAGUCGACUAUUAACACUGGUGUGUUACUCAAGAGACUCCGUCUAGAGUCAUCACCAUCACGCAGUUCCACCCCCUUUUCAGUUUACACGCCCAUUACCGAACCCGAUGUUGAUGAGAGCGAAUCCGUCCCAUUAAAAACCGGGCUUCCCGAUGAGGUCCUAGCUCUUAUUGAUCUGCACUCUUCACUACUAAAGGCUUUGACAUUGCACUACGCGCACAAUGGAUCCAAUGUUCCUGCAGACUUGCGCAUUUUAUGUCCCGAUGUCUCGCGUGCAUGGGGCAGAAGGAAAGUUACCGAAGCGGAUAUACAGACCUGCCUCGGAAUCUUGAAUUUCGAAAUGGGGGAUAGCAGCCCAUUAUUUUCGCUCUCCAACUACGGUCGCGGUAAAAUUUGCAUUGAGAUCGACUCGGCACAACACAGUGCCGGCCGUCCGCUGGAGGAGAACAAACUGAACGAUAUAUUCCGCGAUAAAAUAUCCGCUCUCUGGGCUCGUUUCACGAUGGCUAAAUGUUCCGAUAUCUCAGCUUUCUACACCGCGCUCCCCAGGGCUCCUAUCACACUCUGCGAAUCCGUCGCCAAGGCUGCACCCGUGCUAUCCAAAGGCCAGAAGCGACUCGAGGAGCUGAAGCACGGCAUCGCGGUCAAGAAGCAGGAGAAGGAAGCCAAGGCCAAACCACAAAAGCCCAACGACGUGCAAAUGUCAAACGCGGAAGCCCCUAAGAUGAACCUGCUAGACCGCAUCCGUCUGAAGUCCCUCCAGAAGUCCUCACUCCUCGCCAGCAACCUCUCACCUGCACAGCUUCAACGUCGCGCGGCGCUGCAACGCGCACCUGAAGUCGCUGGUAUGCUGGGUAUGCUAAGCCGCGCAGCUGGCCAGGGGAGCCGUGUGUCGUUCACUAUGGGAGUGACAUUGGAGAAGCUUAAGGAUUCGUUGCGGAUGGGUGUUUCGCGCGAAGAAGGCGCUGCAUGUGUACGUCUACUAGCAAACGAGGUGGCCCCGGAAUGGAUUCGCGUUGUGGUCAUUGGAGGACGGGAAAACGUGGUCUUGGAGACGGAUAGACAGCCUAGCAAGGCGGAUGUGGAGGGACGGAUUCGAGGCUUACUGGAGCGGGCGUGAAGGGAAGCAUAUCAUGACGAGAGAAAGGGCUGAAGGGUCGGCGAUGGAAAGGGGAUGGAUAUGUAUAAUGCGCCCUGGAUAGAUGGAUGGAUGGGCCUUUUAGGCAAACAAAGCGUCGUUUGAUUUAUCAUUGCAUUGCAUAGCAUCGCGUUGCAUAUCAGGCCGCGGUUUGGCUUGCGUUCUUUCUGUUGUUUGAAGAUACUUCGUCUGAAUUGACGAAUGGGCAGUACUACGUUGUCCGAAGCAUUAAUAGCACAAGACU